AUGCUCUCCACUCACCUCGUGCGACACUCCAAGUCGCUGCUCGUCCUGGGCCAGGGCCAUCGUCGGCUCAGUACGGCCCCGGCCCCGACCCUGCACCCCUCGGAAUCGGGUCUUCGCCCGCCUCACCUCCUAACGCUCGCCGACCUGAGCGUCGGCCAGAUCCAGAACCUCAUCAGUUCCGCCAUCGCGUUCAAGAAGCACUACAAGAAGAACGCCGUCCCUUUGGCCGGUAGAAUCGAACCGACCUCCUCCACUUCCUCUUCUUCCUCCUCCUCCUCGGGCGCCGCCGCCGCUUCUUCUUCCCCGUCCUCGUCCCCUAUCGAUGCUUACGGCACCGGUGGCAACAAGGAACUCGAGCAUUCGCGCAUCUCGUUGGCCGAAAAGUCCUUGGACCACAAGACGGUCGCGUUGAUGUUCUCCAAACGAAGUACGAGGACCCGCGUCGCUUCCGAAUCGGCCGUGCACAUGCUCGGCGGUCAUCCCAUGUUCUUGGGCGCGGGGGAUAUCCAAUUGGGCGUCAACGAGAGCUUGUACGAUACCUCUAGGGUCGUAUCGAGUAUGGUCGAUGGUAUCAUGGCCAGGGUCGGGCAUCAUUCCGAAGUCGAGGUCAGUCCCCCCUCCCCCCCACAUGACUACACGGGAAGAGUAUGACCGAGAUCCAACCGGGACUCAACUCCAAGUUUCCCCCCCUCCCUACCCCUCUUUAUAUCAGACCCUGGCAGCCAAUUCAUCCGUACCCGUCAUCAACGCCCUCUCUCACCUCUACCACCCUACCCAAAUUCUCGCGGAUCUGCAAACCCUACUCGAAUUACACGGUCCCUUCUCCCCCUACCUUUCCUCCCUCUCCGGUUUGACCGUCGCUUGGAUCGGUGAUUCCAACAACAUCCUCAACGAAAUGAUGGUCACCUACCCUCGUUUGGGCAUCAACCUCCAAAUCGCGACACCGAAAGGUUACGAACUCGAACCCGAAGUUUUGGCCCGGGUUAAAUCAGGUUGGGAAGGCUCGGGAAGUGGAGGUCAUGGUAAAUUGGUGCAUACGAAUUCGCCCGAAGAGGCGGUCAAGAAUGCCGAUGUGGUCGUUACGGAUACUUGGAUAUCGAUGGGUCAAGAGCAGGAGGCGGCGAAGAGGUUGAAGGAUUUCGAAGGCUACCAGAUCACGAACGAUUUGUUGAAGAGGGGGGGAGCGAACAAGGAGGCCGUGUUCAUGCAUUGCUUACCUCGGCACGAGUACGAGGUCGAUGACGAGGUGUUUUAUGGACCGAAAUCGAUCGUCUUUCAGGAGGCCGAGAACAGGUUAGUUCAUGAGAGGAGCUCAGACGCGCUCGCACCCUUGGGAGCUGACCUAAACUCUCUUCGUAUGGGCAUAUUCACCCCUGCAGGAAAUGGACCAUCUUGGCCGUCUUUGAUGCCUUUAUCGGGAAAUGGAAGGUAUAG